UUUCGUGGACAUUGUUCAUUAAGGAUCACGAAAUUGUGUGCUAGAAUUUUUCGUAAAGACUCAAUAUAAAUUGAAUUCUUUCGUGAUGGGGAAACUGACGAUUCUCGUUGGAAUACUGAUUCUGAUUAUUGAAUUGGUCAGCAGUGCACCGACGUUUCCCCUGGAUUACUAUGAAUACAAUGAUUACAAUGAUGACGAUGCAAUUGACACAAAUUCAUCGCCAACGGUCACCACCCCUCAAGAACCGCUCACCGAAACCACCACAACCACCACCACCACCACCAGCACGUAUCAGCCCCCUAGCACCCCAAUGUCGCAACCCGUUAGCACCACAACCCUCGUUCCGCUACCAAAAACAACGUUAAACUGGAGGGACUUUGAGGACGAUUAUUACGAUGGAUUUUUUUCCUAUUUCAACAAACACCCUCUCACAGCUGUUCGAGCCGUGAAAACCCAUGGAUAGUAACCUGCCGAGGAGGCAUAUUUGCAUCAUCUGACUCUAAUUUGCGUAAAUUUUUAUAACCCAGUGUAGACUAAACUGCGCGGUAUCAAAUAAAGUUCUCAAAAUUCAUUUUUCUUCAUAUAAAACAAUAAUUGUUGUUCUUUAUUCUUUCGUAAUUACAUAUUCCUUUAAAUCGCCUGUAAAAAUUAUCCAAUUUUUUAUUUUCCUCGAUUUGUACACUUGUUCCAUAAAAAAAGCAACGGAAAAAUUAUUCUUCAUUUCUCAUUCAACCGCGGAACGUCGAAUUUUGUAGUUCACUCUUUGCAGCUAUUAAAUUCUUAAUAUUUCUCAAUUAUUUGUUCAUUUCUCUGGUAUAGUAUAUAAUAAUAUAUCUAUAAAUUUCUCAUACAUACACAAGUAUUUCAAUUAAUAAUCAAUAUCAAUUAUUUAUUUAUAAAUUUACACGUCCAUCAUCGUCAAGCCUUGAAACUCAAAUUUCACGACAACUAAGUGUUUUUCUCCAUAAAAAUUUAUAUAUUUCAUUCGAUAAAGGUGAAAAAAAAAUGGGGAAAAAAUAGUUCAUUGAAUGACAACAGUUAAACCUCAUUCAGGAUCACUCUGCAAUGUUUCUCCAUUGGUAAUAACAAUGGCAUCAUCAUCAGCAUCAUUAAAAUCCAUUGAAUUGUCACAUUUUUUCUUCUUCUUGAUUUUAACUCUAUCGUCAUCACUCUCGUUAUCAUCACAAUUAUCCCUCUUAGUUCUGUCUUUGCACCGUGUUUUAAUCUCAUCACCAUUGGCAUUAGCAUUAGUAUUACCACAUUUAGUCCUACAUAUUUUUUUCUUCAUUUUAUCAUCAUCAUCGUCAUACUCACGAUCUGUCAAUUCUUCAUUAUCAACUUUAAUAAUUAAAGCUGCUGAAUCACUAGAACUAUCGUCAUUAUUAUCGAUGUUUGCAUCCAGCUUUUCAACAGUCAUUUUGCCAUCGAUUAACGGUGGAGUUCUUGCACCAAUUUUACACCCACCACUGGUAUCAUUAUCCAAUUUCAUAUUGUUUAUUUCACUUUUAACAUCGUCAUCGUCGUUAUCCUCUUUUUUUAGAGGCGGAGUAUGAGGGGACAGACCGUUCGACAUAUUUUGAUCACCAGAUGA